UUUUCUUUAGUGUGUUACCAAAUAUUAAGUUUCAAAGUCUUUUUCUUUCAUAAGAAAUCAAAUUGCCUGCUCUCUCUUACAGUUGAGCUUCUUCACACACACUGAGAGAGAUCUAAAGAGAGAGAGAGAGAGAGAUGUUUAGCCAAAGCUUGUUUGAGGAUCAAGCAGAUAUGUCAUCACAACUUGGAUUUUUCACUUUUCCUCCAAAUUACAACAACAAUAUGGGCAGUGCAAUUACUACUACUACUUUACCAUUUGGAAUAUGCAACCAUAAAACCCUCACCAUAAUCCCUCCCUCUUUUGCAGCAGAUAAUAAUUCCCUAAUUGAAUCUACUGCUCUAAGGCAGAAAGAAGACCUUACUACUUCUAUAUUUGGAGGACCCCAUCUUCUUUCCUUGCAAAAAUCCACUGCAAAUACAUGGGCAUGGGGAGAAGUGAAUGAGAGCAACAAUAUUAAGAGAUCAAGGGAUAAUAUUGAUGAUCAUUUAGGGGUUUCAGCAAUUAAGAUGAAGAAGAUGAAAUCAUCAAGAAGGAAAGUAAGAGAACCAAGAUUUUGUUUCAAGACCCUGAGUGAUGUGGAUGUGUUAGAUGAUGGUUAUAAAUGGAGGAAAUAUGGCCAGAAAGUUGUCAAAAAUACCCAACAUCCCAGGAGCUAUUACCGGUGUACACAAGAUAAUUGUAGAGUUAAGAAAAGGGUGGAAAGAUUAGCAGAAGAUCCAAGAAUGGUGAUUACAACAUAUGAAGGCAGGCAUGUUCACUCUCCAUCACUUGAUGAAGAGGAUUCACAAGCUUCAUCUCAACUUAAUAAUCUCUUGUGGUAGUUGGCACCUCUUCUUCCGAAGUUACGUGGCUAUUUUACCGAGUUCCUUGGAGAAAGUUUUCUCGCGCCCUUAGGUACUCUCUACUUACCAGCAUGUGUUGGUUUCGGGUAAAAAUCGUUCGAGCUUUUCCUGAGAGUAUAUAUACUCAUUCUAUUAACCCUUUUUAAGUUUUCCAUGUAAUGAAAAAAGUUCAUUUCCUAUCUAUUGAUGUUAUUAGUAACUAUAAAGUCGAACGUGCCAUUUCAUCUGUAAUUUUGUAUAUCAUGUGGACUUGGCUCUUUACUUUAAUGGGCCUCACAAUAUUGUAAAGCGAGACUGCUAUGCUUAAGUACUAAAAGCAAGUUAAAGCUCUCAUAUUUUAUUCAA